AUGCGUUGCAAUAUCAAACGAAUAUUUGCAUUUGCAUUUAUUGCGUUCGGUGUUACACUUGUACUUCUAUCACUUCCUCGUGAUAAUUUUGGUCGUGAGUCUGCAUUAUUUCCAGACUUCCCGACCAGUGUCGAUUCGAUGGUGUUAAAUAAGUUAUACAGUUUUCUCAAAGGGAAAGAUCUGUAUUCCUUAUCCUUGUCAGAGUGUCAAAACAACAUCACGUUGGCUAAAUACUGGAUGAAAUUCAAGCAAAAGCCUGUACCAGAACGUGAUUCAUGGGAGAAAUUCUAUGCACAGAUUGGUAGUUGUAAUUUGUACAACGACGAUGGUCUUGUAAAUGAUCUUCUGACAAAUUUAAAUCGAGCUUCUAUCAAAGCGGUCCAUAUUAUGGAAGGUGGUACUCAGGCAAAGCUGGUGUUCACGUUCGAAAAUGACAAGCAAGCUGUGUUCAAGCCAAUGAGGUUCGGUCGAGAUUAUGAGACGGAUCCGAAUCACUUCUACUUCAGUGAUUUCGAAAGACAUAAUGCCGAGAUUGCCACUUUUCAUCUGGACAGGGUUCUAGGAUUUCGACGUGCUGUACCAACUGUGGGGCGUAUUGUCAAUUUGACAUCCGAAUUGUAUGAGAAAGCCGAGAAGAAACUCAAGAAAACGUUCUUCAUAUCACCUGCCAAGAAUCGUUGUUUUGUUUCGCGAUGUGAUUAUUACUGUGAUACAACUCACGCAAUUUGUGGAUUACCAGAUUUGAAAGAAGGAUCUGUGCAGGUUUUUCUCCCGGAUGAGGCGGUCGUUCCACGAAAGCACAAUCGUAGCCCAUAUCGGCGAACGUAUUCGAAGAAGAAUCAGGUCGCUGAAUGGCAAUCUGAUAUGAACUAUUGCACGAAUAAGGUGAAAGUGAAGAGACAGUACGCUCAUGGUCGAAAACUGCUUGACCUCGUCGAUCUUCACGUGCUUGACUAUCUCAUAGGAAAUCAAGAUCGGCAUCAUUUUGAGUCUUUUGUUGUAUUUGAGAACUUUCCGUCUUACGCAAUCCAUUUGGACAAUGGCCGUGCUUUUGGUCGAUCGGACAUUGAUGACGAUGAUAUAAUUCUACCAUUACGACAAUGUUGUGUUAUUCGCCCGUCAACUCUUAACACUCUUCUUCGUUUCUACACGAAACCUCAAUCGCUCACGAAAGCGCUUCAUGCGUCUCUGUCCAAGGAUCCGGUAGCCCCAAUCCUGGCAUAUAAGCACUAUGUUGCCAUUGAGAGAAGGUUAGGAAAACUAAUGGCGUUCUUAUUGGAGUGCUUUCGGCAAAAGCCAUUCGAUGGAGUGGUGAUUACGGAAUAUCAUAACGCAAACAUUCCCGAUGAGAAUAUGGAGGAAGACGAAAGAAGUGAGGAGGAUACGGGUGAUAAGAAAGACGAGAAGCAUACAUAA